UACAGAGCCACAGAGCCACAGAGCCACAGAGACCCACACAGACCCACACAGACCCAGGAGAACCAUGCCCGCGUACGCCACCAACAUGAGGAUCAAGUUCCCCAUCCUCGCCCUCACCCUAGAGCUCAUCACCAUCAUCCUCUUCGCCAUCUUCGUCACCUACGACGACGGCAGCAGCCAUGGCCACCACGCGCCCAGCAACGAGACCGCGGCGAACAACCUGCGACUGUACCCAGUGUUCCAGGACGUGCACGUGAUGAUCUUCAUCGGCUUCGGGUUCCUGAUGACCUUCCUGAAGCGCUACAGCUUCAGCAGCGUGGGCGUGAACAUGCUCCUGGCCGCCUUCGGGCUGCAGUGGGGCAUCCUCAUGCAGGGCUUCUGGCACAUGGAGGACGGCAAGAUCAAGAUGAGUGUGCUGAGGAUGAUAAACGCCGACUUCAGCACGGCCACGGUGCUGAUCUCGUUCGGGGCGGUGCUGGGGAAGACCAGCCCGGUGCAGCUGCUCAUCAUGACGGUGCUGGAGAUCACCAUCUUCUCCGCGAACGAGCACCUGGUCGCGGAAGAGCUGGGGGCGUCUGACGUGGGAGCGUCGAUGACCAUCCACGCCUACGGGGCGUACUUCGGGCUGGCCGUGGCCCGCGUGCUGUACCGCCCCGGCCUCAGGAACGGCCACGAGAACGACGGAUCCAACUACCACUCCGACGUCUUCGCCAUGAUCGGCACCGUGUUCCUCUGGAUGUUCUGGCCCAGCUUUAACUCUGCCAUCGCGCUGAGCCCAGAGGAGCAGUUCACCGCCGUGGUCAACACCUACCUGUCCCUGGCAGCCUGCGUCAUGACCGCCUACGCCAUCUCCAGCCUGGUGGAGCACAAGGGCAAACUCGACAUGGUGCACAUCCAGAACGCCACUCUGGCCGGAGGUGUCGCCGUGGGAACCUGUGCCGACAUGAACAUCGGACCGUUCGGCGCGAUGCUGAUUGGCUCUGUGGCCGGCAUCAUCUCCACGCUGGGGUUCAAGUUCCUGACACCCAUCCUCACCUCCAGCCUGGGAAUCCAGGACACCUGCGGAGUGCACAACCUUCAUGGAAUGCCAGGAAUUCUGGGAGGGCUGGCGGGAAUCGCGGCUACGGCGCUGGGGAAGAAGAAAGAUGGUCAGGCCCCCAUGCAGGCUGCAGCUCUAGCCUCCUCUCUGGGAUUCGCGCUGGUCGGGGGGACCAUCACAGGCUUCAUUAUGAAGCUGCCGUGGUGGGGACAGCCUGCAGAUCAGAACUGCUUCGACGACUCCGUCUACUGGGAGGUACCGGACGACGAGGAGGAGAACGAGGAGAGUCUGGCGCACGGGGACAAGAACAAGGCAGAGGCCUAAACAGGAGGAAAGAUGCGGUGUCAUCUCUUUCUCUCUCAACACAACCCUUUCACCCACGCCUAUAUCUGCAGACGUUUGCCAUCAGGACUUGUGGUGCAUGAUGGAGAUUAAUUCCUUAGAUAAGAUUUUUAUUUUUGUUCAUUUAUUGCAUUUUUUAAAAUCUGAAGCAGCAUAUUGUUGGUGGCAAAAUAAGGACAUGAGGUUUGAGGAUAUUCCUCCUGGCGUCAGGACAGGGAUUAAGUCACUUCAGCUGGAACCAAAAGCAAAGUUUCUCUUUUAUUUUCAGUAUCUUGAGUAAAUCGAGUGUAUUAUUAUUAUUAUUAUUAUUACAGAUGGACACACAUUACCACUGUCCUGUUUGAGUAACUCAGUGACUGAAUCAAAAUGGCGGAGUCAGGAGUGUAUUUUUGAUUAGUUACAGUAUGUUUUAGAACUCUGCCCAGUCAAAUGCUGCGUUUUGUACAUUCACUGGCCAUGCGAUACAGGUCACUCAGGAAACACACAAACACACAGACACUCACUCGCAAACACACUCACGUUUUUGCCUGACAUAGGUUCAGAUUUUGAGAGCUGUGCAACAUUACAUUGUGCAAAAAAAAGAAAACUAAGCAGAAAAACAAGAAAGAAAAUAGGAAGUUUGUUUAAACUUGCAACCUGCUAGGUCUAUCUACGGCUGUAAAUCGGUAAAUCGCAUUGGAGCCAGCACAUACACCAACCUACUCAGGUAAACACACCUGGCUCAUACCUGCUCAGGUAAACACACCUGGCUCAUACCUGCUCAGGUGAACACACCUGGCUCACAGACCUGCUCAGGUAAAUCAGCCUGGCUCACAGACCUGCCCAGGUAAACCUACAGAGCCAGAACGGUCUUUAUGGGUCACGUUUGGGCCAGAAUCUGAGGCCAGAACGAGGGGGAAGGCAAACAGGGCCAUGCCCACGUUCACACUUUUCGUUUAAUUUAAUCUCUUCCGCUUUUCCUCCUUCUUGUGUACAUACUGACGGACAGUCUGUUCAGACUCCUCCCUGCACCUCUAAUGACAGCCUGACAGCAUCGGGGACAUCAUUAAAGACACAUUUACCUUUACCCAACAGCAGGGGCCACUACCCCCUGGAGCAGAGCAGGGUAAGGGCUCAUGGACCCAGCAGCUGCACUGAUCUUACUGUGACUACAGGCUCGAACCACCAACCUUCCAGGUCCCACACAUGUACCCUAGUCACUCAUCUCCCCGUUCUACUGGUGUUUUAUCAUGAAUUACAUUAGCAUUCAUCUGCAGAGAGUAAAACCCGAACAUAACGCGAGAUAAGAUCAGCUGUCUGAGUGAUGGGGAGGAGCAAAACUGACUAAAGAUAGAUUCAUUAGGUUCCAGUUACAGUCAUUAUAAGCUAGACAUGAAUUCACCAUAUGUUAAAAAAUGAAUAAAAUAUACUAUUACACUUUUCCUAAAUGUAUCAUAUAUUAAUACUGUCAUUUAUAAAUAUGUUUUUAUAUGGUACAA